AAGGUUAUUUGGUGCACACUUAAAUCAUUUAAUGCACGAUCGCUACCACACAAAAUCUUGAAAAAAUGUCAUCAUCGUGUAAAGAAUUUACGCGAAAAGUGCAAAAUCAGCUAUCAAAACAUAACCUCGUUUGUUUCGUUGUUAUUGCUAUUUGACAUUUGCACGAUUCUCUUGAUUGUUAAGUUUGAUUAGUAUUGCUGGCAUUUGCUGGUUCUAUUGGAAUGACAUUUGUCAUUCUUGGUUGUGCAUUACCAAUAUACAAAGUAUGGUGGCCAUUUUUUGUUGUAUUGUUCUAUAUACUGGCACCCAUCCCAACCAUAAUAGCACGUCGUUAUACAGAUGAUUCAGGAAGCAACAGUAAUCCGUGUUUAGAAUUGGCAAUAUUUAUUACAAUGGGUUUUGUGGUAUCAUCCUUUGCUCUUCCAAUCGUGUUGGCACGAUCUCCAGUGGACCAGCCAGUAAUAGAAUGGGGUGCUUGUUAUCUGACACUAGCAGGUAAUAUUGUUGUGUAUUCAACUCUAGUCGGAUUUUUCAUAACCUUUGAUCAAGAUGAUACUGAUUAUAAUAUGUGGUGAGGCGCUACUACAUCGUACUUAUAAUGCUAAAAAUGUUUUUUAUGAGAUUAAAGGAAAAAAAUCAAUCAUGCAGUGCACUGACUGAAAACUACAUGAUUAUAAAUUACUAUAAACUUAUAUGUACAAUUUACAUAAUAUAAAUCUAAUAUGGAUACUCUUCUAUAUUAAUGCUGCAAGAAAAAAUAGUAUUAUAGUGCACUAAUAAUAGAACGUGUUAAUAACACUAUGCUAUAUAUCGAUUGAUAAACAAACAUUGGAAUUCUUCAGAUUUCCCACAUCUUACAAAGCAGCAAGGAAGUUGCAUUUAGUGUUUUAGAUUUUUGGUAUGUGACUAUUCAGGAUAAUCUAAAACGCAACAAUGCAAAGAUAAGAUGUUGAACAUAUUUUUUAUUUAAUCUAAGUAUUUCGUAAUAAUAAUGGUAAUAAAGCUA